ACAGAACGUCCCAUCUCUUGUUUCUCUUCUCUCUUAUACACGCACAAGCCAUAAAGCAAGGUGAUAUACAUUGUACAUAUACAUAGAAACCCCCUCAAAAAACCACCCAACAUUUCAUUUUCUCUGCUUUUCAAACCAGUUUCGAGACCAAAAACAGAAGCUGUUUCACUAUUUCUUUUUCCUCUUAUAUUGAAGAUAUAAUACUGUUCAUUUUUCUUUCCUUCUCUUUCAGUUUCAUCCAUGGAUACUGCUCAAUGGCCACAGGAGAUAGUGGUGAAACCAAUAGAAGAGAUAGUCACAAAUACAUGUCCAAAGCCAACAGGUUUAGAGAGGAAAAUAAGACCCCAAAAAGAACAAGCUUUGAACUGUCCAAGGUGCAAUUCAACAAACACUAAAUUCUGCUAUUACAACAAUUACAGUCUCACUCAACCUAGGUACUUUUGCAAGACUUGUAGAAGGUAUUGGACUGAAGGUGGUUCCCUUAGAAACAUCCCUGUUGGUGGUGGUUCAAGGAAGAACAAGAGAUCAUCUACGUCAUCUUCUUCUUCUAUUUCUACUUCUUUAACAUCAUCCAAAAAGCUACCUGGUUUGGUUACACCACCUAGCUUAUCCCAGUGUUCUACUCAAAACCCUAAGAUCCAUGAUGGUCAAGAUCUCAACCUAGCUUUCCCUACAGCUAGUCAAGGCUAUAGGAGUCUCUCUGAAUUGGUUCAAGUUCCCUUAGAAAACAAUAAUAAGAACCAAAUCCCUAGCUCUUCUUCUUCAUCACCUACUACUUCUCAACUUUCAGCUUUGGAGUUGCUAACUGGAAUCACUUCCAGGGGGUUUAAUUCUUUUAUCCCCAUGCCUGUUCCAGAUCCAAACACAGUGUAUACACCUGGUAAUUUUCCCAUGCAAGAUUUUAAACCAACACUGAAUUUCUCCUUGGAUGGACUUGGAAAUGGAUAUGGGAGUCUCCAUGGUGUUCAAGAGACAACUGGGAGGCUUUUGUUUCCAUUUGAAGAUCUGAAACAAGUUUCCACCACAACUGAUAUUGAUCAACAUAAAGAUCAAGGUGAUUCAACUGGUUAUUGGACUGGUAUGUUAGGUGGUGGAUCAUGGUAAUUAAACAAGAUGGAAAAAAAUUAAUAUGGCUUUUUCUUUUUCUCUUUUUUACUGUUUUUUUGUUAAGGUGGGGGUGACUUGUUUGGAUUUCUUCAUUACUAACAGAAGAUGAUAUACAUGGUUUUCCUUGAUCUCUCUCUCUAUAUAUAUGAUCCCUUCUUUUUUUUAAUUAAUUAUGGUGGGAAAUUUGAAGCUUAUUUUAGGUUGGCUUCACUGAGGGCAUACUAGAAGAAGAUAUCAAGCUAAGCCAAGAUCCUUUUUUAGGGUAAAAAAAGUGUAAUGGUUCAAAAAAGAAAAGCAGAAGGGCAACCUAUGAAUCCAUUGGUUGGCUUGGUACAAGUACAAAAAAAAUGUAUAAUUUUCAAAGUUUGUAAGGGAUUCCUGGUUGGAGCAAAAAAAAGACUCUUAAUUUGUUCAUAAAGUUUUUUCUAAUUUUGAUUUUAGUAAACAAAUUGUUGAGUCUCUCA